CUCUCCACGACUCCUCCACUCGAUAUCUGGUCAUCAGACACACCUGCGAUCCGACUCUUUGUUCGAGAGAGCAAUGGAGAUGGUGGACCUCCGACUUCGUCUCGGCAGCAGCAGUGGUGGCGGCGAUGACGACGAGCCCAGCACAGCCAGCUGUAACAGCAGGGUGGCGAGAUUGUUCGAAAGCUCAAGAGAAUACCAGCAGCAGCAGCAGAUUACCUUGUUGUACGAAGGUCGAAUCUGUGCCUGCGAUGUGACAGAGAUGCAGGCGAGAGCAAUCAUCGCCAUGGCCAAGCGAGAGAUGGAUGGCCACAUGAAGAAGACGACCCAAGCACACCGGCAACCGAUAGAGUCAUCCCUGCCGCCAUCGUCUCCUCGUCCCGUGGAGCGGCUGCUCAUCAACCCCGAGCUCUCGAUGAAGCGAUCACUGCAGCGGUUCCUUCACAAGAGGAAGUCCAGAUUACAUGCUCUCUGUCCUUACGGCCACGGACCGCAAAACUUGUACUCCAUCAAGUCCUAGCAAGUAUCGUGUUCUUCUUUGAGAUGGCACUUCGCUUCGUUUCAAUGAGCAAGUCGAACUUCUACAGUGUACAGUGAGCCCGUCAUUGGAUGGAUAUCAGCUCAAUAAAAAGUGCCAAUUGACUCUGAUAAUUUCUGCCGAUAAACAACUGAUUCAUGUCUUUCCAAUAUAAUUAUUCGAACAUACAAAAGAUGCUGAAGUCCAAUUCUGAUCCAACCCAACACCAUUGUAUUUAGGCUGUGCAAAAACCCUCCAGACAUAAUCAUCUACUUCAGAUAUCCAUAUUGAGGAUGCACAGCCUUGAAUCAGAAUUAGCAUGACUCCCACAAAGUCGACCAUGGUUUCUCCACUCACCCACAGAUCUACAAACUUCGCAAACAGACACAUAA